AUGAAGUUCGUGAUCGUGCUCUGCGCCGUGCUGUCGCUCGCUCACGCGGCGACGUAUCUUCUGCUGGAAGUUCCGGAGGUCAGGAGAGACGCGAGAGCGGCUCAGUUUCCCUUCGGCUUCGGCAGCUUUGGCGGGAGUGCUUCGCAGGCCAAUGCAGAGUCGCAGAGCUUCAACCAAGGCUUCCCGGGCUUCCCAGGGCACUUCGGGGGCUCGUCCUCGAGCGCCGGAGCGCAGAGUCAAUCGUUCGAGCAGGGCGGUUUUGGUGGAUUUGGCGGCUCAGCCGCCAAUGCUGGCGCUCAGAGUCAAUCCUUCAACGAGGGCGGCGGUUUUGGAGGCUUCGGAGGAUCAGCAUCGAACGCUGGAGCGCAAUCUCAAUCAUUUGAGGGCGGUUUGGGUCACAAUGGCUUCAGUGGAUCUUCCUCGAGUGCCGGAGCUCAAAGCCAGUCCUUCAAUUCUGGAGGUUUUGGUGGAUUCGGCGGCAGCGGUUCAAGUGCUUCUGCCAACGCUCAAUCAUUGGAUUUCGGUCACGGCGGUUUUGGCGGCUCUGCUGCAAGUGCAGGAGCUCAAGCUCAGUCUGUUUCCGCAUAG